AUGUUUCAUUUCAAUCACUCAUACUGGUCUCUGUUGCUGUUUGCUGCCCUGUGGAGCCUCAGCUACCCGGGUCUGCUUUCCGCUUGGCCAGGAAUCAGCCGAAGCAAACCAAGGGAUCAGAAGGACCCUAAUGUUAGGGACUGGGGAGACUACUCAGACCUCCCUCCUGGAAUCGAGCAGGGGCUGGGGUUGGAUGAAGACAGAGGACAUGGAGAUAACAGAGGAGUUGGAGAGUCCUCAUCGAGCCUGUUGCCAGAGCAGGAUUUUCUGGCAGAUUUUGCAGGUAAAAAGCGACUGUGGGUGAUAACAGCUCCGUCACAUAGUGACCACUACCUCCAAAUGAUGGAGAAACAGCUUGAGGACAUGGAGCAGAAAGUGCUAAAUUGCCGUCUGGCAGAAAGAGACACAUUCAUAAUCACCAUCAUCCAGAACGCCAUGAUGGAGGGUCGAAUCCAGAAAACAACUUUCCAAGGAGAUGCCAUGGUAGAGAACCUGGACCCUGACACAGUUUCCAAACUGUUGCACUACCUGGAACUUACAGACCAGGAGCAAGGCUUCACCAUGCUGGUUCUGAAGAAAAACCUUCGGGUCAGUGAGCGCUUCCCUUAUCCGGUCCGUGUUGAGGCCAUUCUGGAGCUGAUUGAUCAUUUCCCCAUGAGGAAGCUGGAGAAGAUGACCCGAAAAGGAGCAAACUUAAGAUGUAAAACAACUAAAAAGAAGAUUGUGUCAAAGAGAAAGAUGAAGAAGAAGAUGGUGCUGAGCCCUCAGAGGCGAGGAAAUGAGACUUCUGUUCUGCCGUUACAAAGAAGACCUCUACUAGACAAAAAGGCUGCUCUGAAGAGUAAAAUCCAGGACAUACUGAGUGGACGGUCGAGGUUUGUGAUCCGUAAGGGGCCUGCUGUUGGGUUCCAGAAAGGAAAGGACUCGGGCAGUGGUGGUCAGUCUGCUUCCAAUGGACAGGAAAAGUUGCAGAGUCCUCCACCUGUGUCAAAGAGCGGUGAAGAAGUCAAGAAAGACAGGCCUGACUCUACUGUGGGCGAAGGGAAGAAAAGAAAUGGAGGACAAAACAGUGGUGAUAAAAAAGAGCACAAAGUAGAGGAUAACACACAAGAAAAACAGAGCACCAAGAAAAAGGGCAAAGGGAAAAAAGGGAAGAAGGGGAAAGGAAGAGGGAAGAAGUCCAGCAGGGAGGCCAGUGAGAAGGAAAAAACAGCCCUGAAAGAGUUUCUGGACAGUUUUAAGGGGACAAGAAGAUUAAUGUUGAUCUCAACGCCCAGCAGCGAUGCAACACUGUACCUCCAGCAGAUAGAGGAGAAUGAAAAGCAACACUGUGACCUCGCUAUCAGGAAAAUCACUGUAGCAACUGCAGUGGGUGAAGGAAGAGACGCCAAGCUAAUGCUGCAACACCACCAGCUUGAGUCGGAGCCUCCACUAAGUGACCAAUCAGAUCACUUCUCAGAUCCAGGCCUGCUCUCUCUGUUGAGAGCAGAGCUUGGCCUGUCAUCGCCUGACCUCUUUUCUAUGACCAUCACUGACUAUGACAUCAAGCCUGACAGAGUCUUUGAGGCCCCUCCGUCAAGUCCUGCUUUAUUCGAGUACAUUGACAACUUUCCUUCAAGACGUUCAGAAAAAGAAAAGGAAAGGAGGAGUCCUCCAGUCUGCUACAAAGACAAGCAACAGCCUGCAGCAGAAAAUGUACUGCUCAGGUUCAUGUCAAAGAGGAGACUGCUACUCAUCUCUGCUUCCUCAGAGGACGACUACUCCUUUCAACAGCAGCUCACUGCUCUCAGAGGACACGAGUGUCACCUGGGUAUUCGCCACUUUGCCAUGUUAAAGCUGACUGGAGUGGGUGACAAAGCAUCAGGAACUGUUGAGCUGUUUCCCCUAAAUGGUCGCAGUCAGAGUGAAGUUGAACCGUUACCUCGAGAUGAAGUCAACAACCUGAGAGAGCAGCUGAAGAUCAGUAAAGAGUACUUUAGCAUGCUGGUUGUUGGAAAGGACAGCGAUGUCAAGGCCUGGUUUCCAUCGCCCAUGUGGUCCCUGGACAGCAUCUAUGACCUGGUGGACUCCAUGGAGCUCCGCCUCCAGGAGGAGAGGCUGCAGAGGAGACUGGGGAUAUAUUGCCCUGAGGAAAGAGGAAGAGGAGGAGGUGAUGGGGGGCAUUAUGGAGGAUAUGACGAAGGGGCAGAGGAAACAUACUUGUAUGACCGAUCAGAGCAAUGAUCAGGAAGAAGGCGAGAAGAAGAAGAAGAUGCAGGGAAGUGAAGGAGAGCAACAUAAAUUCUUGGGAUAUAUCAAAUACAUGAACUUGAACAUAAGAAAACUAAUAAACCAGAGAAACUCGUCUUCAGGACUUACAGGAUUUAUUUUAUGAAUCAUCUGUCAGAUACCAAAAUAAUGAGCUGGAUUAUUUUUCUUUGGGAGUAGAACAUGUAAAAA